GGUGAUUAUACCGUUGGUUGAUCCGGGCGUUUGUAAGGCGCCCUGUUCGAGGUGUGAGACGGCGAAUAUCCUGUGCGCCGGAGGGAAUGGGUUGCGGACAUGCCAGGGAGACUCCGGUGGACCGUUGGUUUGCUCUGGGAGAUUGGCUGGGAUUGCUUCCAGUGGACGCAGUUGUGGUGGGCAGUACGGGUUGUUUGCGCAAGUGACUGGAAUUUAAAGGUGUGAAAUUAACUUUGGGAAGUAGAAGGAAUUACACGGUUAGUUAGUGUAACUUGAAGGUAGCUUGAGUCUUUCAGUACGAAUCACAAUGUCGGUAUGUCCAUUCCCUUACUUGGUAGCUCUCGUGGCUCAGAAAAGCUUCAUCUGUGGAGGAUCGAUCAUAGCUCCAAGCUGGAUUCUGACGGCAGCUCACUGUAUCGACAGGUAUGGUUCUACGGACUUGAUCGUUCGAGCUGGAUCACCAAAACGGACACAAUCUGGUACGAUCAGUUCUGUAAAGCGGUUGUUCCUGCAUCCGAACUACAAGCGUCCCUCGUUCGACUUUGAUGUAGGACUUCUACUGAUCAGUCCUUUGAAGAUCACACCCUGCAUUCGGUGUAUUGCGUUAGCUCCGGCUUCGUUCAAACCUAAAACCGGAUCGCUUGGUCGGAUCAGCGGCUGGGGUCGUUCGGACCUCUUCGAAAAUCUCUACCCGGAGUACGUCCGUGCUACGAUCGUACCGAUCGUUGAUCAGAAAGAGUGUCGCUUCAGGUACGGGAAGCUCCAUGUUACGCGGAACAUGUUCUGCGCCGAGGAUCACCAAGGUUUGCGGGAUGCGUGCCAAGGGGAUUCGGGGGGACCUUUCGUGCAGGACGGUCGCUUGGUGGGGAUCGUGUCGUGGGGGUUGGGAUGUGCCAGCUAUGGAGAUCCUGGGGUUUAUACGAACGUCGGUAGGAUGCGCAAGUGGAUUGAUCUUGUAGUUGAGAAUGAUCGUAUGAACUGUUGA